GAGGGGGGGGGGCAGGAGCGAGGGGCAGGGACGCCUGGCACAGGAGUCUCACAGGCGGUGACUGGGGCGAAGGCCGCGCGGUGGUCGGUGUCCCGGAUCCCGGCCCGGCCCUGGCCUCGCCAGCCUGGAUCAGCCCUGACCCCUGGCUGGUUCGAGGUCCAGGAGCCCCCGGAGGGCACAGCUGCGGCCCCCACGCAUCUGCUACCCCUCUGCCGACGGGGCCACCCGGGCUCUCCUGCAGAUGGAGGUGGGCAGCGUGGUCCUUACAGAGCCCCUGGGCCUCCUGCUGCUGCCCCUGGUUGCCGGGCUGCUGAUGGUGCUGUGCGUGCGCUGCCGCGAGCUGCGGGCCUCCUACGGCAGUGCUAGUGACGAUCGUUCACAGACAGAGAGCAUCUUGUUCAAGCCGCCCCAAACGCUGGCGCCCUGGGCCCCUUCAGUCCCUUACCCAUCUGUCUCCUACCCACCCCCGAGCCAGCCAGACCUGCAGCACAUCCCACGGUUCCACCAGCCCCCCGGGAGCUCCCACAGGAUGCGGUCUUCCCGGCAGGAUUCCGAUGGUGCCAACAGCGUGGCGAGCUAUGAGAACCAAGGUGAGUCUGGGAUGCUGCACCGCUGGGCCGGGAGUCUGGGGUCGGAGCCCGAACCUCGUGCGUCUCUCUUCCCAGAGCUGGCCUGUGAGGACCCGGAAGAGGAGGACAAGGACGAUUACCCCAACGAGGGCUACGGCUACGUGGUGGUGCUUCCCGACGGCGCCCCGGCCACCAGCACUGGGGACCCCGCCGCUCCUGUUCCCAGCAACCCUGGCCUCCGAGACAGUGCCUUCUCCGUGGAGUCCAAACAUUACGUGAAUGUCUCCGAGAGCGAGGAGAGUACAGAAGCAUCCAUGGAUGGCAGCCUGGAGUAUGUGAAUGUGUCCCAGGAGCUGCAGCCGAUGGCCAGCACUAAGCCUGGUGUGUACAGAGCCGGGGCAGCCCCGGGGGCUUCUGCGUGUGCUGGCAGCGGGCUGGCUGCCAACCUCUGCCCCUUCGUAGCCACCCUGAGCGCCCGGGAGGUAGAGGAUGGAGAGGAAGAGGAUGAGGAAGCUCCAGAUUACGAGAAUGUUCAGGAGCUUAGCUGAGCGCCUGCUGAGGCCACACUGUCCUGAAUCCAGCCUGGAAAAAGCCCUGGGGCCGCCCAGUUGGUGCCCCGUCCUGGCUGUAGCCUGAUAGCAACCUGAGAAGCCCCUUAACUUAUUGUCACUUUGGGGUCUAGUCUGUGUCCCCAACACUCCGCACCUUCUGAUGCAGCCUGAGAAUGAACCUUCUUGGUUCCAGCCUCCUCUUCAAAAUGGAAUAAAGGCCGCUGUGGUCUGUAGAGCCCUUGGUUUCAGGAACCUGUGUAUGUGUGUGUGUGUCUGUGUCUGUGUGUCUGUGUCUGUGUGUCUGUGUGUGUCUGUGUAUCUGUGUAGGUCCCUCAUGCUCCCGGAGGUCCUGGCCAAGUGCUGAGUGACACCAGUGACCAGGCCACUGCUGCCUCCUGAGUGAGGCCCCGGGGCUCAGGACAUGUCUCCCAUGGUGUAGAUUCCGGAAGCGCAGCCGCUUACCAGGAUGAGGGCAGAGUGGGUGGGGGGUUCCUGUGUGGCAAAUGGGCAGUGACUGCAUGACCCCUCCCCACUGGCCCCUGUUCUGUUCUCAGGGGAGGGGCUGGCCCCAGUGACCUCCGAGGGCUCUCUUAGUUCUUGCCUUUUGGGGUUGCCAGUAUGACAGAGAAGAUGGCCUGAACAGUCCAGGUGUGCCUGUGGUCCCCACUGCUCCCU